AUGGCGACAUGGAAAGUGACCAUUACAACAUUACACUGUGUGUAUUCUAGCAGAGAUGCUAAUAUAUUCAUCCAAUUCGUCUUUGACGCUUUUGAUAAAUCCAGACCAAUCAGAAUCAAGUAUAAACCUGGCUGGGUGCGAUCGCCACUUUUUCGGAAAUGGGAAAAAGAAGAAUCAUCAGAGUUUUGGUUGGCGAAUGGUCACAACAAAAACAACUUGGAAGACAAAGGAAGACAAACAUUCACAAUCAGAGUACCGAAAUCGUUUAGUUUGAAUCGUGUGAAUAAAAUAGAAAUAGGAUUGGACCAUACACGGUUUGUGGAUGGUUGGUUGAUUGGCAGUAUUGCAAUUCGAGACUCCAAAAGAAAUAUAAUAUAUUUCAACGGCCCGGGUACAUACGGAUAUUGGCAUCACGGUUCCAUGUCACUUACCGCUGAGAGGUUUUUAAAAAUAGAAGACGCGUUUCUUCCCCAUCGAUUUGUCAUGGGUCCAGUACUGGGGUUCCGUGGCACAAGUGACAUUGGUCACUAUCAGUUAUGUUGCAUUGUUGUCACUGAGGGAGCUGACAAUGUGCUCGAACCUCUUGAAUUUACAGUUAGCUCCGGCGAAGGAACUCAAUCUGUUGGGGGCGGUAUAACUGGCAUGUUGUCGAAACCACUGGCAGUGUGUGGGCAAUACAAAUUAUGGCGAUAUGACUGGGUUGUUCCGCGUGAUGGCACAAUUGACUAUAUGUGUCAGUACACAUUACCGGACCAUCGUUCAUACAAGUGCUAUAUUCCAGCGUUCAAUUCUCAUCCCCGCAUUGCAUUCGCUACGUGUACCGGAAUGGAAUCACAGGAUGAAAUGAACAAGUAUGAGAAUUCCCAUGUCAUGUGGGCACAUAUGAGAAACGAACAUAUGGAGAGUCCAUUCCAUUUACUGGUGAUGGGAGGUGACAACAUACAUGCGGAUUCAGUCAUUAAAGAAACACUAAAAGAUAGAAAAUUGAAAAAGAUUGAUGACGAUGACAUCGUCGGUUUGAGAGACGAGGCAAGAAGAAAAUAUUUUGAACUGUAUGUGAGGAGAUGGCGACAACCGGAAUUGGCGAGUAUGAUGGCAAGGGUCCCAACUCUCGCAAUGUGGAAUGAUCAUGACAUCUUUGACGGUUGGGGUUCCAUGGCACCCACACCGGCUCAGACGGAGGUUUAUAAGGCAGCUAAGGAGUUUUUCAUCCUGUUUCAGUUAAAGGGCUUCAGAAACGAAUGCGCAAGACCGCCUAAAGCAAAUGUUGUAGACGUCAGGCCAUUUUCAGUAACGUGGUUACAUCCUCCGCCAAUACUACUGAAGGAACCUUACCAUGACCCUGGACCGUUCACAAACCUUGUCUCGUUUGGUGACGUCAUGAUAAUG